AUGGGAGUCUCCAAAACAAAGGACGCCCUUGCCGGCAGCAUGGACGGGCAAGCAAAAGACGACAUUGAAAUCGCAUCUGAGGAACUCUCAAUCGAUCCGGCGAAGGAGAAGCGCGUUCUCGCGAAACUCGACAUCUUCCUCACACCGGUCCUCUUCAUCGUCUAUCUAUCCUGCUUCAUCGACAGAUCAAACAUCGGCAAUGUCAAAGUCGCCGGUAUGCCCGAAGACAUCGGCGCCAGCACAUCGCAGUUCUCCGCCGCCGUCUCCCUCUUCUACGCAACCUACGUCACCGUCGAAGUCCCCUCCGUCAUCCUCGUCAAGCGCUUCUCGCCGCGGUACAUCCUUACAUUCCUGUGCAUCAUCUGGUCUGUCACAACAAUUGCGAACGGACUCAUCCACAACAUCGGCGGGCUGUACGUCUGCCGGCUUGUCCUGGGCGCAUGCGAGGGCGGCCUGUUCCCCAGUCUGAAUAUGUACCUCACGCUUGUGUACAAGCGGGAGGAGAUGGCGAGGCGCGUUAGCUAUUUGAUGUCAUGCACGGCGCUGAGCGGUGCGUUUGGAGGGUUGCUGGCUUAUGGGCUUUUGCAGAUGGAUGGGGUGGGCCGGUAUGCUGGUUGGAGAUGGGUCUACCUAAUCGAAGGCGCCUUCAGCAUCCUCUGCGCCCUCGCAAUCUUCUUCGGCCUCCCCGACGACCCAACGAACGCCUACUUCCUAACCCAGGAAGAAAAGUCCAUCAUGGCAAUCCGCCACCAGCAGCGCCAGGCAUACAUGGGGCCCGACGAGCUCGACUGGCGCGAGAUCAAGCUCGCCUUCACCGACCCCAAGGUCUGGCUCUGCGCCGCCACGCAGUUCUGCCAGAAUAUUCUCACCUACGGGUUCAGCACGUUCCUCCCCUCGAUUCUCGCGGCUAUGGGCUACGGUACGUUGCAGGCGAAUUACCUGACUAUCCCGGUGUACGUCUUCGGCGCGAUUGGGUUCUUUACGUUCGCGCUGCUGAGCGAUAGAUACGCACUUGCUGGGCCGUUCCUCCUACUUACCAACGCCUUCGGGAUAAUCGGGUACGCGCUCCUCCUGGGCGUGAGGUCUAAUGCAGUGAAGUACUUCGCGACAUUCAUCUGCACGAUCGCAGUCUACAACGGGACGGGCCUGAACCUCGCCUGGCUGAACGUCAACAUGGCGCCGCAGUACCGGCGUGCCACGGCGAUCGGGAUCCAGCAGACUGUCGGCAAUGCGGCGGGGAUUGUGGCGGGGCAGAUUUAUCGAUCGGCGCCGUAUUAUCUUGGGAAUGGGUUUAGUUUGGGCGGGAUUGUGGUUGCGGAGGGGCUGGUGGGCGUGCAUAUGUGGUGGCUUUGGAGGGCGAAUAGGCUUAAGGAGGGGAUUCGGGGUGGGGAGGUGGAUGGGAGGAGGAUGAGGGAUGGGGAUUGUGAUGUGCACUAUAAGUAUCGGAUUUGA